AUGGUUGAUACUACAUCUGAUGUUAAUUUACCAGAAAUUGUUGAACAGAAUAUUGUUGAGUCUGAGAUUCAAUUGGUCGAUGCUGAUGUUAAUUUAGUGAAGAACAUUAACAAAGAACUGGAGAGUUUUGUUCAAACAAAUGAAAAAGAUACCACUUGUGAUGUAAUUACAACUUCUUAUGAUCACUCCGAUCCUGCUAAUUGGCCUCAGCUGUUAACUAAUACAGAUAAGUAUGAAAUUGUAAAACUAGGCCCGGUAAGAGUAGAGAAUUAUGAUUUUCCCAUAACUAGCUAUGAAAAUGGUCAAAAAAGAAGGUUUACUGCAAAUAAUUACUAUCGUAAGUUAUCAAAUGGUGAUAUGAUUGAUAGAAAAUGGGUUGUUUAUUCCAAAGUUAAAGACUCUGUUUAUUGUUUUCCAUGCAAAAUAUUCCAACAAAAUAAACAAAAUGAGAGUCAUUUGUGUAAUAUUGGUCUAAAAGAUUGGAAACAUCUUUCAGAAAAAUUAAAAUCCCAUGAAAGUUCAAAGAUUCAUUUUCAAUCAAUUCAAUCUUGGAUGGAGUUAAAUGUAAGAAUAUCUAAAAACUUAACAAUUGAUAAAGAACAUUUGGCCAUUAUUGAAAAGGAAAAAAAUCACUGGAGAAAUGUUCUUACUCGUGUGAUUAGUAUUAUUCACUAUUUAUCCAAAAACAAUGAUGCGUUCAGAGGACCAUCGGAAGUCUUAUUUACUAAAAGUAAUGGUCAUUUUCUUGGAGCAAUUGAAAUGCUAAAUAAGGCACGAAAUUCAGAAGGAAUUAAUUUCAUUAAUGGCAACAGAAAUUCGAAAAAAAAUUAUUAA